AUCUCGUUCGCUCAAAAUCACUUUACAGUCAGGAAAUGUUUCCAAUAUUUCCUCCCAGAAAAGGUUACCGGGUAUAUCCACCACCGCAUCUGCAUUCUGGUAGAGUGCUACAUCUGGCUUAGCGCCAUUCUGGAAGACAUCAACCCAGUAAUCCAGAAAAUCGAACAGUUGUUCUUCCCAGUCAUAGACCGUGAAUCCAAGCUGUCGUAAAGACGUAAAGCUUCGGAGAUUGAUUUAGUUCCAGUCUUAUUCAUACCAGCGCAUAUAACCUUCAUAUUGCCUCUUUGAUCUUAGCUCUUUUCUUUGGGUCUACAAUAAUAUUCGCCGGCUACAAUAACAUUG